AUCAAAACAUUUAGCAACUACGCUCCAUCUCUCCAGCGUAAUGGCAGUCUUCAUCCUUUUCCUGUGCAUCUCAUCCCUCCUCUUCUCCUCCCUUUCAGCAUUUCCAGGUAUGAUGAUGAUGCCUGGCGAGCCCAGCUUCGACUUCCCUCCGCCGUCGGCGUUGCCGGAACUAGAUCCCGGGCUUUUGGGAUCGCCCGUUGCUGCACCGGUUGUCAGUGCAAAUCAACCAAGUGGACAACAGCAGCAACAACCAAGUGCAGGAGUGCAACCUGUCGAUGUGCCAGCAGUCGUUGCAAAUCAGCCAAUUGGGCAGCAGCAGCAGGGGGAGUCUCCUGGAGUUUUGCCUGCCAACGAUGCGAAUCAGUCAAUUCCAGAUGCGCCAGCUGAUGAUGCGAAUCAGCCAAUUGGGCAGCAGCAGCAGGGGGAGGCUUCUGCAGUUUCGCCUACUAGUGGUUCAAAUCAGCCAAUUGCAGAUGCACCUGCUGACGACACGAAUCAGACAAUUGGGCAGCAGCAGCAGGGGGAGGCUCCUGCAGUUUCGCCUACUAGUGAUUCAAAUCAGCCAAUUGCAGAUGCACCAGCUGACGACGCCCGCUGA